AUCUAAAUAGUUAGACAUUAGGCACCACAAAUCAAACAAGUACAGAACAGACAAUCGCUUUUUGGCUUUUGCAUCAACUGGAAAGGCCAGAAGAUUCCUAAAAGCUACGUUAGUUACAAUAACAAUCAAGAGCAAUAUGAAAUAUCAACGCGGCGGUAUUAGUGAAUCUUCGACAACUUCGGAUAAUACGUCCCAGUUUAUUGAAAUCGUGAAAAAACAUCAACAGAUCUAUAAUACACAUCACCCCGAUUAUAAAAAUGUUGAAGUAAAAUUGAAGGUUUGGUCACAAAUCGCAGCGGAAAUAAAUUUAUCAGUUGAUGCUUCGAAAAGAAAAUGGAAAAAUCUACGUGAUAGCUACACAAAAUACUUGCGAUCUUUCCGUGUGGGUACAAAAACUUCAAAGAAAUAUCAAUAUUGGGCUCAUGCCGAUCAUAUGGAAUUUUUGAAACCCUAUCAAGGGCCAGGAAGAACCAACACCUUACCGCUCAAAGAAGAUGAAGAUAAUGAAUGUGAUUUGGGAUAUCAGGUGUUGGCUAAAGCCUCGUCUAAUAGUGGCGAGGAUGAUUUAAAGACUUCAAUAACGCAAACUCAAACGGCUAUUAAUAAUAGCAAUAAUAACAAUAAUGGGAGUGGAAUCAGCGGUAAUAUUAGCGGUUUACCGUUAAAUACCUCCCUGACGUGCAUAAAUCCCCAACUACCGACGGUUGUGAGUGGUAGUUCGGCGAUAGGUUUAGUAAAUGCCACUACGAAUACCACCACGACCGCAGGAGGACUUGUUUUGCCGGUGCCAUCCUUACCUACAGUACAAUUACCGCCUUCUUUAAUAGCUAUGCCUGUCAUCGGGCCUAUUAAUGGGAAUACAAGUGUUACAAAUGCUACCGCUGUCGCUUCUUCAGCAACAGGCUUACCCUCCUCAUUAACGUCGCAAAUUCAAGCUUCGCUGCCAGCUUUGAAUACCAAAACUCCGAUUACAAUGCCAUCAAGCAGUACCGCUAGCUCUGUAGGUUGCCUAAUUAUUGAACCCCAACUUUUUGCAUCGACUGAUAGUUUUAAAAAAGAGUUAACUAACAGCGCUACUUACAUUUCAACUAAUAAUUUCAAUCACUAUAACAACAUAAAUAAUCAAGUAAAUCCCACCACCACCACCGCAACACGGUUUAAUCCAGCCUUAAUUACAAAAAUACGGCGCGUACAGCCUUCGCCGCAGACCUCGGCCAUUAAUCUAAGUUUCUCCACAUCUACAACAAUAGCGAACGCCAACAAUUCCACAAGUUCGAUCAAUUCAAGCAGUUACUACUCAUCUCCUGCCACGGCAACCAUAGCAUCAGGGCCACCGGCAGCUAAAAUACGUAAAACAUUUGAUCCUGACGUUACCGCUAUAUUGCAAGCAAACCGGGAUCUCGAUGCCAAUACUUUAUUCUUUCUCAGUUUGGCGAAACAAGUGCGAGCAAUGCCAACAAAAUUCCAAUCUUUAGCCAAAAUGCGUUGCAUGCGCAUUGUCAGCGAUAUUGAACUCGAACUUGAUAACGUUACCAAUGAUACUAAUUACAAUGUUAAUGGUAGCGGCGGAACCAAUUCAAAAUACUGUAAUCUAGACUCCCCCACGGAUGGCGCCAACCAGCACCAGCACAUAAAUGUUAAUAACGGUAAUGAACCUCAAACAGAACAUUUCGUUUAUGUUAUGUCGCCAUCAAGAGUAGAAGGUAUGAUCGAUUUAUCCUCCGAUGAAGAGAAUACUUUAAACGGUAAUUGAGGAAAACAAAGGUUUCAAAAAGUAGUCAUAUUUUGUAC